AUGGAGGCCGUGGCAUGGCUGGAGGGGAGGGACGUGCGCCACAGAGCGCUCAGUGAGAUGCUUGUCCCUCUCGUGUCCCCACGCAGCACUCUCUCCAUCUACGGGAUCAACCAGGCGGAUGAAGCCAUCUACCAGUGCAUCGCCGAGAACAGCGCUGGCUCCACGCAAGCCAGCGCUCGCCUCACGGUCCUGUGGGCAGAUGGGCUGCCCGGCCCUCCGCAGAGCGUGAAGGCUGAGACCGUCUCUGCAACCACCAUCCAGGUGUCUUGGAAAGAGCCUCUGCAGAACACCAAGGAGAUCAUCGGUUACGUGCUGCACAUUCGGAAAGCUGCAGAUCCCGUAGAGAUGGAGUAUCAGGAGGCCGUUAGCAAGAGCACCUUCCAGCAGCUAGUGACUGAUUUAGAGCCCUCGACCAGCUAUAGCUUUUAUAUAAAGGCUUACACCUCCCGGGGUGCCAGCAAAGCCUCAGAAGUCACAGUGGUGAGCACGCUGGGAGAAGUCCCAGCCAUGCCAUCCCUCUUUAUUAAAGUCAUUAACAGCACCGCCGUCCAGGCUACGUGGGAGCCCUCCAUCAAACUGGGUCUGCAUGAAGGCUUCAAGCUCUAUUACCGCAAGGUCCACCUCUCCCAGUACACAGGUCCGGUGCUGCUGCCCAGCAACGUAACAGCGUACAACAUUACCCACCUGGACGCGUCGGUGGUGUAUGAGGUCAAGCUCCUUGCCUAUAACCAGCAUGGGGAUGGCAAUUCAACUGUCCGCUUCGUGUCCUUGAGGGAAACCGUGGAGAGGACAGUGCUGAAUCCCUCUUGCGACUGCAUGAAGGACGAGCAGAACAAUAAAACCUCCACGACCGGCAUCAUCAUUGGGAUCCACAUCGGCGUCACGUGCAUCAUAUUCUGCAUCCUCUUCCUCAUGUUUGGCUACAGAGGAAGGCUACUGAUGUGCAAAAAUGUGCAGGAGCAGCUGUCAACCCCGCAGAUCCCCAGGAGCCAGCGGAGCGCCACGGGCCUCGUCCUCAACGGGGCUGCUCGCAGGGACAGGGACGACCGGGACUUGAACGGAAAGCAGCUGGAUAUGAACGAGCUGGAGAGGUUAUUCCCCGCAUCCCCAUCCCAGGAGCAGCAGGAUAAGGGACUAAUG